GUGCACAUGACGCAGUCCAAACAUAUACAACUUAAAAAUACUGUACUUGGUUUGGUUAAAGUUGUAGCUGUCACUUUUCACUUUGUUUUCUAGUGUUACUCUACUGCAAAAUAUAAAACAAAAAGAUGAACGCACCACCUACAUUUGAAUCGUUUUUGCUCUACGAAGGAGAAAAGAAAAUAGAGAAAGAAUUGGACUCCAAAGUUCCAAAUGCUGCUAUUUUCACUAUACACAAAGAGGAUCAUACACUUGGAAACAUGAUUAGAAAUCAAUUACUAAAGGAUCCUCAAGUUUUAUUUGCUGGGUAUAAGAUACCACAUCCUCUUGAACACAAAUUUGUUAUUCGAAUUCAAACAACAUCGGACUAUACUCCUCACGAAGCUUUAAUGCAUGCCAUCACUGACUUGAUGUCGGAACUAUCACUUUUUGAAGAAAGAUUCAAGGAAGCCAUUAGAGAAAAGAAAGAAGGAGGCGAUUAAAAAUGUAGAUUAUAUUUACUGCAUGACAAUCUGUACAUAAAAAUCAAUUAGAAUUUAGUGAAUGAGCAUUCCAAUUUUUACUUUAUACCUGCAACCUUGUUUUUUGUUUUCUUUAAAGUUCUAUCAAAUAAAUUCUUAUCAAUA